CUGAGUGCAGCCUGCCUUGCCAGGGUCGGACUGAAGCUCAAGAAACGACAAGGAGAAGCGAACAUCUGGCCGCACAUCAUGAAAGGACAUCGGGGCUUAUAGGGAAAAAAACACGACGAACUAGGCGGGAAUAAAUGUUAUGAAGGAAGAAUGGAGUUCCCAGACCAUAGCCGCCAGUUGCUGCAGUGUCUGAGUCAGCAGCGUCACCAAGGUUUCCUCUGUGACUGCACUGUUCUUGUCGGGGAGGCUCGAUUCAAAGCGCACAGAGCUGUGCUGGCCUCCUGCAGCAUGUACUUCCAUCUCUUCUACAGGGACCAGCUAGACAAAAGGGACGUUGUGCAUCUCAACAGUGACAUUGUGACAGCCCCGGCUUUCAGUCUGCUCCUUGAAUUUAUGUAUGAGGGAAAGUUGGAAUUCAGCACUCUGCCUGUAGAGGAUGUUCUGGCAGCAGCCAGUUACCUCCACAUGUAUGAUAUAGUAAAAGUAUGCAAAGGCAAACUCAAAGAUAAGGAACUUUUCUCUCUGGAUGAAAAAAUGGGUGAGGGUUUGGGACUGAGCUGUCUGGACAGGGAGAAUUCCUCAGAUGGGGAGCUGCACAGUAAGCAGCUUGUCCGGCGACAGCUCCAGACGCAGUCUCAGGGGCUUCAUAGGGCACCCCCAGCAGAAGAGUUUGACAUGGACAACAGCGAAGUCAGGCUGGCUGUCACAGAUUGUGAUAGGUCUACACAGAGCAAGCAGAAGGCAAACGGUCACUCUGGCAGGUCCCCGGACCUUGUAGGUGUCAAUUAUGUGUCAGCAGAGGCCGAGCCCUGCGUUCAAACAGCUGGAAAAACAAAAGCUGAUGUCAGUAGUUCCACCGUAUCGCUGUCCCAGAGGUCCCGGGCUUCAGAUGACAUGGACUGUGCACUGGAUUUGUCUUUCAAGCCUCUGUCUAGCAGAGAUCCCUUACACCCCUCCUAUGUCUCGGGACAGCUGGCCCUCGACAGCCAGCAGCAGGGCACUGAGCCACUUGUUAAAGACGAACACGACUUGCUGUCAGAGCAGGAGGACAGUGAGCCGAUGAGCCCUGAGAGCCAGCGCUUUGGGAAUAGUGCCAGGAGCUCAGUGGUGACAGGGUUCGCUGCCCUCUUCCCAGGCAACAACGGCUCCACAGCCGCCCUGCUCUCCCAAGAGGAGGACCUGAUGGACGAGGAGGGGGAGGCCUGCAGAGGGAGGGAGGGUGCCCCAGGCAGGGAGGUAGAAGAAAGGAGGGGUAGGUUGCUGGGGGACAGUGAGGAGGAAGAAGAGGACGACUUGGCCUCCUCAGACAUCUCCACCUCCAGCGGGGUGCUCCUGCCCCCGGGGCAACAGGUGUGUGUGUGCCCCCUCUGCAGCAAAGUCUUUCCCAGCCCCCAUGUGCUACAACUGCACCUCAGUUCACACUUCCGUGAGAAGGACGGCGCCCGUUCCAAGUUGUCCCCUGAUGGCUCGGUCCCUACCUGCUUGCAGUGCAACAAAACCUUUUCCUGCAUGUACACCCUGAAGCGCCAUGAGCGCACACACUCUGGCGAGAAGCCAUACACCUGUGGCCAGUGUGGCAAAAGCUUCCAGUACUCUCAUAACUUGAGUCGGCAUGCUGUAGUUCACACACGUGAGAAGCCUCAUGCCUGUAAGUGGUGUGAACGGCGCUUCACUCAGUCUGGGGACCUUUACCGCCACAUCAGGAAGUUUCACUGUGGCCUUGUCAAGACUCUUGCCAUUGGAUAAAACACCUCUCACCAGUGCCAUGACAUGAGACAGAAUGUCUUUUCAUACAGCGAAUACUACUACUGAACAGUUUUCCCAUUAGUAUACACAUAUUGACAGUUUGUUGGAGACAUAUCUUCUGGAUUCAAGCCCAUGCGGCGUUUCUCACGUUAAAGAUGUAGCAACUUUCAAAGUGGAGCAGUUUUCUGUGCUGGACUGUGUCAUAGAGUACAUGAUGGUCAGAGGCUGAAGGUGCACAGGCUGUUAGGAUAAACAUGGGUGCUGUAAAACUCAAAGCUGGAUCUGUGUCGAAGGUGAACAAAUCAGAUGAUGCACUUGUUUGUUUCUGUCUUGUUUGUGUCAAUCUGUUGAGUUUAUUUGAGGAGUAUAUUUGUUAAAAUAAUGAGGAGAAAGAAUGAGAGCUAAUGCUAACAUAUGUUAAUACAAUCGUCAGAGUGAGUGAGACUUUAUUUGUGCACAUGGGAGAUCAGAACCGUCCAUGAGUAGCAAUAUAUAAUUUUUUUAACUCCUACAUUAUUAUUAAUUUUAUUAUUAUUUAUUUUGGGAUAUGUGUAGUUCUAAACACAUUAUUAUCAUAAGGCAGCAAAACUAAUGAAGUCUGACUACUGGAAACAUGGAAGUAUUUUUGUCAUGGAAUUUUUGUUUGGUUGAAAUGAAGGUGGUGACAUUUUUUAGGUUGUUUUUUAAAAGAAGAGGAAAGCAAACCAUGAUAUCACCAACUGUCUUUUGGCUCAGUUCUUUAGUUGCUAAUGUUAAGUGAGCACAUGUUGAUGAAAUGGCCUUCUAAUUGCUACUAAAAAAGAGGUUGUAUAGUUAGAGGAAGGAUGGAGAGUAGUUAAAAGCUGCAGCUAAUGCCUGUAACACUGGUGCCUACUGCAACAUAUUCACCUAGUGUACUUAAUUAAACAAGAGUGGGAUACAUUGCCAUGUCAUCUUGUCAAAUUUAGCAAGUUUCAGGCCUUUUAAAACAAUCUGGACUCUGUUUGUCCACAUACCAGGGGGUAAUAAAGGUAAUCAUCUACUCUGGAAUGCCAAUUGAGCCAUGAGUGUCCUUAAUUAAAUCAUUUACAAGAAUGUAAUAUAAGUAUGUAAAUUAAGCUUUUGUCAGUUAAAGGAGUAUUGAUUCUUUUGGGUUCAGUGCUAACAGUUGUCAGUAAAUUACCUUGUUAUUUCCUGGUAUGGCAGCAGCAUAAACAAAAAGAUACACUGAUGCAGUGUUUAGGACAAACCCUCAAGCAGGCAGGGAAGGGACAGAGGUGGAUGUCUAGUGUGAAGGAUGGAGUAUGGUCUGUGUCGCGCUGUUUGUUCAUCAAAAGCUGUGCUCCACGUGCCAUCAGUUCAGUCUACUGACUCUGAUUUUCUUUCUUUGGAUUACCCUUUACCUUCUUACUGUACGUAUGUGUAUAAAUUACUACUGAUGAAGUUGACGCCUUUAGUGAUACUGCCCUUGAAAGAAUCCUUUUAUGUGGGAUGAGCAUGGACAAGCCUGAAAUGGCGUGUUCACAUAGAGAUGCUGUAUGGAUUCUUAUAACAGGUGUGUAGCACUAAAAGUUCGAUAUUUGUCUAAUCUGUCCUGAGAAGACUUGAUCAGAAUUUAUUUAUUAGUUUGACUUGGUUCAGGGUUUACUAUAGGUGUAGUUCUUAUUUCUAUAAGCUUGAAAGACAUUGCGUCUUGCCUAGCUAUCUUGGUACUCAUUAACUGGUAUUGGGGCUGUCUGUUUAUUUUCUCUGUGCAAAUCGAGUUACUGUAAUUGUAUUUUAAUAUACCUUGUAGAAAGCUCUACGGAGUAUUCAAGAUUUGUCACAUGGAACAUAGAGAAGCACUUGUUUUUAGCAUGCAUAUAGUUUCAACACUAUUGUCUAGGCUGCUAUUUCUUACUAUUUGUAUAUUUAAUGUAAAUAUAUAUUCUAUUUAUCAAACUGUUUGUUUUCCAUGUUACAACACAAGUAAGGUGGAGAGAGUCCGGUGUCUUCUUAAGGCUGCAGUCUCUUAAAGUGUCAUGUCUUCCCCCAGGGAGUUCGGUUUCCUUUCCAUAUUCAAAACUUAAUUGGACUCCGCCUCACUACAAAUCAGAGCAGUUAAUGCCGCUACCGCUGCUGUUCUGCCACAGGAAACAGUUGUUCACAAGCACAGACACACCGAUACGGCACUGGCUACCUAUAGAAAUGAGACAAUACAGGCAUUGUCGCGCCCCCCCCCCCCCCCCCAAAGUUCCAGGUAGUUCUCAAGGGAUCAUUGUGUAUCUGUCUCCUAGCUGUGGGGGGAAAAGGCAGCACAAGUCUCUCUUUGCACUUUUCUGUAUUGAAUGGAGCCAGUGGAAUGUGAGAAAUGUAUUUAGCAAAGGGAGACCAAGGAGACUGUAAACAGGUGUAUUGUUUGGAAGCAUCAAAGACCAGCCCCCCCACCCCCCCUUAUUCCAGCAUGCAGCAGAUAAAUGCUUCAUUGUUUGUCUACAUGGAGGAGAUACCAUAGUGAUUUGCUUGCACAUCUAUCAGGAGAAUAUCAGAAUUAUCAGAGUAUUGUUUUCCAAGUGCCAGGUGUUGAAAGAAGGUGAUUGACAGUAACGUAUCUUCCUCCUUAAUUCACAGUACAAGUCAGAGGUAGGCGCUGGUUGACCAUUUCAGAUUUUUUUUUUUUUUCCUACGUUAAUCACAAAGACGUCUUUCAGGACAUGAAAUCACAUGUGAUUCAGAAGGGGUGUUUGUUCUCAGCUUUUGUGGCGGUUUGUCUGCUUUUUUUUUUUUUUUUUAAUUGAAGGAGCCCAAGUCAAGAAAGAGUCAAUCCUGUUGUUCCCUUAAGAGUUUCACGCAAUCUGCUUUCAUUCUCUUCACUACUGUUAGUAGCGAAAUUUGGAUGAAUUGAGGUUGCGUGUAAUUUUUCCUUAAAGAAAUGCGCUUUGGCUCCCUGUUUACUUGAACAAAUACUCCUGUUGCAAUGCAAAAACCACAAAAAGAGCAUCAGCUCCCUUUGCAUGCCUGCCGUCAGAGUUCAAUCAUUUUGAUUAAUACUUAUAUUUCAGACAAACAUAGUUGUUGUGUAGUGUUAAUAAUGUAUAUUUCAAUCAGAACACACAGGAAUGUAGAUUUUGUCACUGUUUCAGUUUUUUAAAGGAACAUUUCUUAUGUGGUGCAAGUUAAAUUGCUCAAUUCUUUAAUGUACAUUUGUACAGAGGUAGUAACUAACGAUGUGUAAAGAAUUUUCUUCUUAUUGUUUGCAGUCCUUAUUUAUACCUCCAGGAUGAUCGCCAAAUGUGCCUUGUAGACACACUAAUAGGUGUUGCAUCUGGAGAAGCCCUUUUUCUAUACUGUACAUUUUGCCCUUGACUGCGGUGGUAAUGUUCACAUCACAGCAACAGUGGCCCAUUAAAGUGAAACAAAUAAGGACUGUUGUUCCUGUUUUUGUAUCAUAUCAAAAUGUCAAUCCAGACAAAUUAAAAGUCCUAAAUCCAUUAAUUUUUUGCUGCUGUUAGAGAGAUUACGUGUUGAGGUUUAUCUGACCAUUUUGUUAAUGUGCGAAAAUCUGUUAACAUGAAGACAAGCAUUUUUUGUGAUUUGGCUUUUUCUAGCCAAUACUCCUGGGAGCUCACAGUUCCCCAACUAAUGUCACUGUUGAAUGUGAAACACUGAGAUUUUGAUUGUUGACUUUUAUGGAAACAGUGCUACUCUUGUUUGAGGGCUAUGUUUGCCUAAUUCAUGCUGUAUGAUCAUUUAAGUCUAAAAAUGACUUUACUGAUACUGGAAUUUUGUCCUCUGCAGGUUACAACUGUGAAAUUGUGUAUAAUCAUGAGAAAUAUUUAUUAUUGCAUUGCUUCUUGUGCAACAUUUGACUGUCUGAUUUGGUUGAAAAAAAAAAGCUUCUAAAUGUCAAACAAAAAUCUUUUUAAUAGAAUUUGUAGAAGUGCCAUUAGAAUUUAAUAUAAUUUUUUAAUAAGAAAGGUAUAUUUUAUAGUAAUCAACUGCUUCAGUGUUAGUGGUGUAGAGAUUAGAGGACAAUCUUUAUGCAGAAUUGACAUUGCUUAGAUAUUGAGGCAAUUUACUUUGAUCUUUAACUGUAUGUGCAUUUUCUUUGUUUGCGCUUUCGGAGUGUGCUUGUGUGUGUGUGCUGUGGAAAUGUGACAAUCUUGAUUUAGGUCUUUAUUAAGAUUAUGCAUAGAAUUAAAUGGAACAACUUUC